CUGGGGCCGGGCACGGGCCGCUGGCCGAGGAGCGCCCGGCCCCUGCCCUGCCGGCCCCGCAUUGCCGGGCGCCGCCGCUUCCCCGGGCGGGCAGGCGGGACGGGGUGGGGUGGUGGAAGCCGCCCAGAGGAAGUUACGCAGCCCGCCCAGCUGCUCCCCGGGCAGCACCGAGCAGGAGGAGGAGGAGAGACAGCAGCAGCGAGCCCGGGCAGCGCCAGCCAGCCAUGGCCGCCCGGCUCGCAGGCGCAGCCCCCCCUGGCCGGCCAACCCGGUAGGCAGCGGCAGCGCCGCGGCUCGGGGCCAAGAGGCGGAGGAGGCGCCGCCACCGCUGCGUGCCGGACCCAGGCGGCGAAAAGUUGCACUUGCGCCCCUGAGCCCCGCCGGAGGGGGCGCUGGGUGGGCGGCGCCCGCCUCCCUCCCUCCCUCCCUGGAGGGGGCGGCCGCCUGGCUGCUGCCCCCUUGGAUGCGGCGGCGGGCGGCGGCCAGGGGCUCCUCCUUCGCACCCAACACCAACUUCGCCGAGGGUGGCUGCUGCGGCUGCUGCUGCUGCUUCUGCCGCCCUCGGGGCGCCUGGCUGGAGGUCGCCCGCCCUGCGGCGGCGGCUGCUGCUGCUGCGCCGGAGUCCCGGUGGUGCUUGUGAAGGAACAGCUCCUUUCUCCUCCUUAUCCAGGAGAAAUGGGAUCUCGGGAAGAUGCAUGGUUUGCAGCCGAAAGCUUUGGAUACUUGGCAUUAAGUUGGUGAAAGAAAGCCUCAGCCUGCAAUUGUUAUUGAGAACAAGUGCCUCGCUUCUCUUGAAAGAAGACAAACAGGAUGGAAAAAAUCCAUGCAUAUAUAUUUUUUGAAUGAAAUGACCACAGCAUAAUUUCCAUAGACAAGAACUACCAACUCGUGUUUUUUUAGAACAGAAAUUUAUUUUCCAAGCAACUAUAUUCCCAAAGAUCUGAUUCCUUCAUGCACUUCCAGAGUAUAUCAUGCUAGUACACUAAUUUUUUUUUAAACAUAAAAUAUUUUUUCCUUAAAAAACAAAAAAAAGUGCACACUGCAGUUCCAAAGCACUUUAGAAAGGUUAACGUCGUAGCCAAGGGGGGGGAAAGGUUGAAGAAAACUUGAUCUCGCCCCAACUGCAAUUUCCUCCUCCUCAGCCCUGCAUGGGUCAAAUUUCAUCACGGAAUCAGAACUUGAUAGCUUGAUUGCUUGCGAAGAGUCACCUCUAGAUCUUUCCACCCUGAUUUGGAAGAUCCAUCUGUGCGCCAAAACAAAAAAUGAAGUUACGGAAGGCUUGAUGACCUUGGAAACUUGGAAGGCUGGCCCCGUCCUCCAGACGGGAUAGCCUACAGAUCUGGCAUCUGGGACAGACGUCCUCCUUGGCUAAACGUUGGGAGCAUUGUUGUCAUCUCCUGGACCUCCUUAGUGUGUUGUUGUUGGUGUUUUUUUAAUUAAAUGUGGAGUUUCCAUGCUGAUCCCCAGAGCCGCCCCUAAGCCCGUCUCUGCCUUGCUCCAGACUCCAGGUCCCUCCUUUGCCCAGGCAACUUCCUGCGCUUGGUUUCAGCUGCCAUGCUGCACCACGCCGUUUUCUUAUUGCACUGCCUCUCACUGGUCAUGGGACAGUAUGACAUCUGCAAAUCCUUGGUGACCAUGGACGAUGGGCCCUUGUGGGAGUUUUAUGCCUGCCAGCCCAAAGCUGUGCCCAUGAACGACUAUGCCACGGUGAGAGUGGAUCCAUCAGGAAUCACCUGCGGGAACCCCCCGGAGAGAUUUUGCACCCAUGAGAACCCCUACAUGUGCAGCGACGAGUGUGAUGCAUCCAACCCUGACCUGGCCCACCCUCCCAAGCUGAUGUUUGACAAAGAAGAAGAGGGCUUGGCAACCUACUGGCAGAGUGUGACGUGGAGCCGUUACCCGGCCCCUCUGCUGGCCAACAUCACGCUCUCGUGGAACAAAAGCAUUGAGCUGACGGGCGACAUCGUGGUGACGUUUGAGUACGGCCGGCCCACCGUCAUGAUGCUGGAGAAGUCCUUGGACAACGGGAGGACUUGGCACCCAUACCAGUACUAUGCGGACGAUUGCAUGGACGCCUUCAGUAUGCAAGCCCGGCGGGUCAGGGACCUCUCCAUCACCAGCGCCAACCGGGUCAUCUGCACGGAGGAGUAUUCCCGCUGGGCGGGCUCCAAGAAGGAGAAGACCGUCCGCUUUGAGGUCAGGGACCGCUUUGCCAUUUUCGCCGGGCCGGAGCUCAGGAACAUGGACAACCUGUACACGCGGCUGGAGAGCGCCAAAGGCCUGAAGGACUUUUUCACCGUGACGGACUUGCGGAUGAGGCUCCUGAGGCCAGCGCUUGGGGGAACCUACGUGCAGAGGGAGAACCUGUACAAGUACUUCUAUGCGGUCUCCAACAUUGAAGUCACGGGAAGGUGUAAAUGCAACCUCCACUCCAACCUGUGCGUCUUCCGAGAGGGCAGCCUGCAGUGCGAGUGCGAGCACAACACCACAGGGCAGGACUGCGGGAGGUGCAAGAAGAACUUCCGCAGCAAGUCGUGGCGGGCGGGCUCCUACCUGCCCCUCCCCAAUGGCUCCCCGAAUGUGUGUGCGGCUCCAAACUUCGGCAACUGCGAAUGUUACGGCCACUCCAACCGGUGCAGCUUCAUCGACUUCCUGAACGUGGUGCAUUGUGUCAGCUGCAAGCACAACACACGGGGCCAGCACUGCCAGUACUGCCGGCUGGGCUACUACCGGAACAGCUCCACCGAGCUGGACGAUGAGAAUGUCUGCGUAGAUUGUAACUGCAACCGGAUCGGAUCGGUGGCCAACCGGUGCAACGAGACCGGCUACUGUGAGUGCAAAGAUGGUGUCACCGGGCCCAAAUGCGACGACUGCCUGCCCAACUACUACUGGCGACAGGGCUGCUUCCCGAACGUCUGCGACGACGAGCUGCUACUUUGCCAGAACGGGGGCACUUGCUACGAGAACCAGCGUUGCCUCUGCCCGCCUGGCUUCAAGGGGGUCCUCUGCGAACAGUCCAAAUGCGAGGGGGAGGACAAGGACUGUGACUCGGCCUCCGGCGCGGACCUCAGCCCGGCGGCCUUUCUCGUCAGCGGCCUGGCCCUGCAGCUGCGACACUGGUGGAACCUUUAAGGCCCGGGAACGGGGGAGCUCAGUAAAAAUGCCUCGCGGGAGGACCAGAGGGAAGCGGGGAGAGCAAGGGAGAGGCCCUCCCCACCCUCGUGAGCCUUUCGUUUCUCUCGCUUGCAGAAAACGGAGGGAGGGAGGAAGGAAGGAAGCCAGGGGCUGAAGACUCCGACUGCCCAACUUGCGAAGGCUGGAUGCUGCUGCAACACUGCAGACCGAGCUUACUAGCUGCCUGCAGGGGGAGCAACUUGACGUGACUGGGGAGGGGGGCGCAAAGGACUUGCAUUGCUUCCUCUGUCUUCAGUGGUGACCACCUUGCCCUUCCACUUUGCACAGGCGCCGGGCAGGUGGGCUGCCAAGAACAUGCCACUAACCCCUGGCGUUUAGCUUCUCAGCUGUUUCCCGUCGUCUCUUUCCUUUCCUCCUCAACCGAUCCUUUUGGAAGAGCCGCUCCUAGCAGAGACUGGCGAUGAAGGAACCCCGGGUGGACUCCGAGACUUUUCCCCGCCUCGCGUCGUUGGCCUGCUCCAACCCAGACUUAAAAAUUAUACCGUUGCCUACAAAUCGAGUUGCUGAAUUUAUUAAGUUUUGUAUUUCCCCCCCCCCCCCUCCGGUUUUUAUUCUUUCUGUGUGAGACUUCAGCUUUCCUUUUCUUGCACUUGAGACCGGGACUAACCAAGGCCACUUGCGUAUCGCGCCGAAGCGCAACGUGUUAUCCAAGCUUCGCCGUGUAGUUUACGGUUCAGAUACUUUUUGGGGGUAGAGAAUUAUUUUUGUUUCUAUUAUAAAUGUUCUAGGGGGGGGGGGAGAUGAACCACCACAGCCUCUAGAGAGACAUUUUACCAUAAGCAUUAUGGUGUAAUAAUCCUACCACAGUAAAGCAACUUAUUAAUUGC